CAAGCCAUCAGCUUGCCCCGACUCGCCUCCGCCGCAUCCGGCCCCGCUUCCCCCCACCGCCCCCGCUCCGAUCUCCUCCGCCGCCGGGCGGCGGCGCCGACGACGACCCCUCCCCCACCUCCGCCUUCCCGCCGAGCGCCUUACCCGCGCCAGUUGAUCCGCCUCCCGAGCGGUUCCCUCAUCCUCCCCUCCCCUCGCCGCCUACCCCCGCGCUCCCGCAGGGGGCGCCGCCGUGGCGGAUCCAUGGACCGGUCGAUCAACUUCCGCGGCAUCGCCGGGAGCGCCGGCAACAUCAUGCAGGGGAUGGGGAAAUUCGUUUUCGGCAAUGAGGGUCCCGAGUCCAAGGAAGAUAGCUACGUCGAGAGAUAUCUUGACCGGAUAAGCAACGGCACGAUACCCGAUGAGCGGAGGUCGGCCAUGACUGAGCUGCAGUCCUUGGUGGCAGAGAGCCGUUCCGCGCAGAUGUCAUUUGGAGCAAUGGGUUUUCCUAUCCUCCUCAAUGUUUUGAAAGAGGACCGGGAGGACGUGGAGCUUGUGAGAGGUGCCUUGGAGACCUUUGUGAGCGCAUUGACUCCUAUUGAGACGACACAAGGGCCCAAGACUGAGGUUCAACCUGCAUCGGUGAACUCAGAUCUACUUUCGCGAGAAACGGAGAAUAUUUCCCUUCUUUUGAGCUUAUUGUCAGAGGAAGACUUUUAUGUGAGAUACUACACAAUCCAGCUUUUAACAGCUUUACUUACAAACUCGCUGAAAAGAUUACAGGAGGCAAUUCUAUUGAUUCCUCGUGGUAUAACAGUUCUGAUGGACAUGCUUAUGGAUCGUGAGGUCAUAAGGAAUGAAGCACUGUUGCUUCUUACUUAUCUGACCCGUGAUGCAGAGGAAAUUCAAAAAAUUGUUGUAUUUGAGGGUGUGUUUGAGAAGAUAUUUAGCAUUAUAAGAGAGGAGGGCUAUUCUGAUGGAGGUGUAGUUGUUCAGGAUUGCCUUGAAUUGCUAAAUAACUUAAUUCGACACAGUUCGUCCAAUCAGAUGCUUUUAAAAGAGACAAUGGGCUUUGACCCAUUGAUAGCAAUACUAAAGAUCAGGAGAGGCAGUGCAUUUAAUUUUACUCAACAAAAGACAGUAAAUCUUCUCGGUGCUUUAAAUACUGUUGAAUUGCUUUUGACGGGGGGCCCAUCCAGCGAAUCAGGUAAAGAUGCUAACAAGAACGCCAAUCAAGCUGCAUUGGCUCAGAAAAAUAUACUGGACCAUCUUCUGUUAUUGGGUGUUGAGAGUCAGUGGGCCCCUGUUGCUCUUCGCUGUAUGGCACUGCGAUGUAUUGGCAAUUUGGUGUUGAGAAAUCCUCAGAAUCUUGAUUCUCUUGCGAAAAAGCAAGUUGGAGAGGAGCCUCAUGUUCAGCCUGCACUGAAUGCGAUCUUGUCUAUAAUCUUGCGGACCUCUAUAGCACAGGAAUUUGUUGCUGCUGAUUUUGUAUUCAAGUGUUUCUGUGAGAAAAAUCCCAAUGGUCAGGCAUUAUUAGCAUCAACUAUUGCUCCACAUCCGAACCAAGGAGAUACACAUCGGGCUGCUAGUGACAUGCCUUUUGGAAGUGUACUUCUGCAAGCUCUGGUUUCAAGUGAUGUUAAUGGAGAUAUGGAGGCAUGUUGCAGAGCAUCUAGCGUUCUUUCUCACAUUAUCAAGGACAACUUGCAAAGCAAGGAUCGUGUAUUGCAAAUCCAGCUUGAGACACCUACACCAUCCUUGGGACGCACGGAGCCGCUACUGCACCGUAUUGUCACAUGUUUGUCCAUUGCAGCUUCAGCAGACGGAGAAAACAACCAAAGCAGACACCUAGAAGAAUCGUACAUUCAACCUGUUAUUCUUCGGCUACUCAUCGUAUGGCUUGUUGACUGUUCAAAUGCUGUCAACUGCCUUUUGGAAUCAGCAGUGCAUCUGAACUACAUAAUAGAGCUUGCUUCAAGUAAACGUUACACUGCUUGUGUUCGUGGACUGGCUGCUGUUGUUCUAGGUGCUUGUGUCCUUUACAAUGCUAGCCGUGAGAAGGGCUGUGACGCCUUUGCUGCUGCAGAUGCUAUAAGUCAAAAGAUUGGCCUAACAACAUACUUUUUGAGGUUUGAUGAAUUGCGGAAAAGCUUGGCACAUCCAUCGUCAGAGCAGCGGCACCGCAAGGAGCUUUCCCGAUCAAGCGCAAAUAGCAUGUCAGAUUUCCAAGAGAUUGAGGAGGAUGAAACAAAUAAAGAUGAUCAACACCCUGUCCUCUCAGAAAUAUUUGAUUCACAGUUUGUUAAUUUCCUCAAUAAGCUUGAGGCUGAUAUUAGAGAAAACAUAAUGGACAUAUUUAGUCGGACAAAAACUGCAACUGCAGUUCUACCUGCUGAGUUGGAGCAGAAGAAUGGGGAGGUCGAUGGGGAAUAUAUCAAGCGAUUAAAGUCAUUUGUGGAGAAACAGUGCAAUGAGAUGCAGGACUUACUGGCUCGAAACGCAAUGUUAGCAGAAGAGUUUGUGAAAACUGGUGGUGGCAACACUGCAGAUACCUCCCAGAAACCUAGCAGUGGUCGAGAAAGGGUCCAGAUGGAAGCCCUCAGACAAGAACUUGAGGGAGCAAAACGGCAGAUAGAGUUGCUCAAAACUGAGAAGUCCCAGAUUGAAGCUGAAGCUAACCACCAACGAAACCUUGCAGUAAAAAUGGAGUCUGACCUCAAGAGCUUGUCAGACGCGUACAACAGCCUUGAGCAGGCUAACUACCGCUUGGAUACUGAGGUUAAAACCUUGCGGCAGGGAGGCAGUGUGCCCUAUCCUGAUGUCGAAGCGAUAAAAGCGCAAGCCAAGGAAGAGGCCGAGAAGGACAGCGAGGCAGAACUGAAUGAUCUUCUCGUCUGCCUUGGGCAGGAACAAAGUAAGGUUGAGAAGCUAAGUGCAAGGCUGGCAGAGCUUGGCGAAGACGUGGAUACCCUGCUGCAAGGUAUCGGCGAUGAUACAGCCAUACCAGAUGAUGACGAUGAAGAUGAAGAUGAAGAUGAUGAACAGUAAUAUAUUCGGUUAAUUAUGUGGUCUCCAUGUGUAAUUCGCCCUCAUGUUGGGUCAAGAUGUUGUGAUGGCAAAUGUACAGUGGACAAAGGUGUCAUUUCAUUUUUAAGUUAUUUGUGGAGGAUGAGACUAAA